AUGGCGGGCAGCCGGCUGGAGACGGUGGGCAGCAUUUUCUCGCGGACCCGGGACCUCAUGCGGGCUGGGGUAUUGAAGGAGAAGCCCCUCUGGUUCGACAUAUACGCCGCCUUCCCCCCGCUGAGGGAGCCCGUCUACCGCAGGCCCCUCAUGCGGUACGGCAAAGCCAAAGCUGACAUCCAGGACGUCUUCUACCACGAGGAUCUCAUUAGAGCGAAAUUUUAUUCAGCCUAUGGAUCUGGUCAAAAAGCUUUUGAUCUGUUCAAUCCAAACUUCAAGUCUACCUGUCAACGGUUUGUGGAGAAGUACUUGGAGCUACAGAAACUUGGAGAAACAGAUGAAGAGAAAUUAUUUGUGGAAGCAGGGAAGGCGUUAUUGGCAGAAGGUGUCAUUUUAAGACGAGUAGGAGAAGCAAGGGCUCAACAGGACGGUAGUCAAGUUUCUGGGAAAUCUGAACCCACGGGUGUCAAAUUGCAAACUUUGUUGGAAAAAAUCCAGCCUCUGAAGGAAGUUCAACAGGAUCAGCCUUCGGAGGCACCGGAAGAGCAGUCGAAAGGCCCCUCACCUCCCUGA